ACCCCAUUCAGGCCGGUGGAAAGCAGGCUAAGGGAGGGUUUCCUGCACUGGUUUGCAGCAGGGGCAAGAGCUGCUGGAGGGCAGCACGUCCCACCCCACUCUGUGCCCAGCUCACAUACCCAGUGGUUCAUCCUGGGCAGGCAGGGGCUCCUGGGAGCAUCCCCACGGCUUGGGGUGGGGAAUGGUUAAGGAUUCUGUAUGUUGGUGUUGGUAGAAGGUGCCUGCAUGGCUGAGGGAGAGGGAGAUGCACUACAGUUAAUCCUCACGAGUUUCUAAGCCAGUAAGAGUGGAAAGCUAUUCCCCAAACCAGUCACGCUGACCUAAACUACAUGUAUUUCUGCUAUUCAGCCGUCUCCACCAGCAGCCUCAGAAACAUGCCUCACUGGGAACGGUUUCUCCAGCAGUUCUAUGUGACGGGCAGAGAACCACAGUGCAGGGCGUUCUGCCUUGUGCCUUCACAGUGACCCCUUCCUGCCCUACUGUGCAAAUCCCAGGGCUGCAGAAAGUCUCCCAGCAGAGAUGUGCCUUGUGGGGAUCCGAAGGAAGCUCAGUUUUCCCCUGAUGUAUGUGACUGUUAGUAUUUCCCAUAGCCUGGCUUUGCUGUAGCUGAUGGGCACCCCACCCCCCAGCCUGUGCUGCCUGUACAUCACAGGAGAGCUGGAUUAGCCUGCGUGUGAUGAACACACUGCUGCACGUCAGUGAUAACGAGCUGGGUGAUGUGAUGCUGGGAGCUGGGCUGGCAGGGAGGUGGCAGCUGGCCUGGGAGCUGAACCUCAGCUGUCAUUCCAUAGAGCAGGCUGGGAGCUGUGGGACAUCAGUGUGACUUUGGUGGAGAUAGAGCUGGUGGUGAGAGCAGGGCUCUGCUUCUGGGCUCUCAUCCUGGCCAUCCUCGAGCUUGCACUAAAAUACAACAGAUUCUUUUUCCCAUGAUUGGCUGGGAUGGUUUUGCAUCUUGUCUGGAGCAAGUGGCAUCCCUUUUUCCUGACUCAGUUUCCCCAGAGGAUGAGAUCAUUUCCAUGGCCGACUCCACCACCACCAUCGAUGACAUCGAAGGGGAGCUCUUCAAAAUUGAGAGGAUCAGGGAGAUCCUGGUGAGGAGGGAGUCAGAGCUGCGAUACAUGAUGGAUGACAUUCAGCUCUGCAAAGAAAUCAGCCGGCUGAAAAAGGAGCUUCAAAAGCUCCUUGCCCUUCCAGAGACCGAGAAGUCCAAUGAGGAGAAGCAGAAGGAAGAGGAACUGGUGCAGCAGAUCCACAAGCUGGUGGAAACACGGGAUUUCCUGGUGGAUGAUGUGGAGUUUGAGAGGCUCAGGGAGAGAGAAGAAGACAAGGAAAUGGCAGAAUUCCUGCAAAGUAAGCUCUCCAAAAGCUACCUCCAGAAAGCAACUCCUGUCAGAGAGAAGAAAAUGACUUCCAGGGGGCAGCAAACCUCGGCACCCUACGUGACCAAAACGGGCCUCACCCUGCUCAAGGAGUGCUGUGGCUUCACCUGCUCCAUCAUGUAGCCAGCUCCCAGCUCCUCUGCACGGGACAUGACCAUGGUCUCCAGCCAGAGUCCACAACCUGCUCUCCUUCGAGAGUUCCAACCUCCCGUCAUUAUUCACGCUUCCCACUGCAGCACCACUACUGAUGAGACUUUCCAUGCAGGCUGGUGCAAGCUUGAAUGAUGGCAUGUUUCCUUGGUGCCACGUCAAUGGCCGUCUCCUCCAUGACAUCGACAAACACUGAUUUCCACCUCAGCUCAGCUUGGAAGAGACGUGUGCAGCAAGCAAGUCCAUGAUAUUCUUCACCUGGACAGGGCAACUGGACAAGCCUUGGAGCUAAUGUUUGGAGAGCAUCCACCAUCCAAUGUCGCUGGACAUGUCGGUGCCACAGAUCUCAUCCUUGGCCUUGUACCACCUUGUGAGUCUCUGUGGGCUGAUUCCGAAGGUCUCUUUGUGGGGAAUGUCUGUGGUCCGGGUUUUGUUGUGUUUGCAUCGGUUUUAUGGCUCUGGGUAGAGCUGUGGGGAGGGAAGGGCCGUCCCGAAAGGCAACUGAAUGAAGGGCUAAUUCUUGUGAAGUUGUCACCUGAGCACAGGCGUAGAGUACUGAAUUACAGGUGGAUGAGUUGCUCUCCCCACCUCACUAUUACUGGGUUCAGUUUCAGCUCCAAGGGAAAAGAAGCUCAGAGCAAAACAGGAAAGGAGAAAAAGCGAAAAGAUCAGGGGAAAUGCAAUGGGAAAUGAAAACCAAACAGGAGAUGAGAAACAUGGCAGGGAAAGUUGGAGACAGCAGGUGAGGGACACCCUCACUGCAAGGAGGGCAUUCAGCCCUGCCCUCUGCUGCCCACCAGUGCCUCUGGGCUUGGCACCAUGAUCAGCACAUAAUUCGUGUGAAAGAUCACAGCACCCUGAGGUCUGCCAGUGUCUCAGGUGCUGCUGUCUCCUCUGAGCAUGUCAAAAUCUUGACCCAUGUCGAGAUGGCGCAGCUGGAGCUGCUAAUGCCUGUCGUGGCAGCACCAGAGUUCUUCUUCGUAGGAUGUGAAGAGCUCUCAGGUCUCCAGCCCUGCCUGCCCUGUAGGAUGGGAUGGCUCUGCUCGGUGGAAUGGGGGGGCCCCCAAUUGGUGGCUGCUUAAGAGCUCUGGUUGCCCUGUAGCCAAACUGCUGAGGCCUUCAGCUCAGUGCUGCUGCAGCUUGCUGCGGUCCUGAGAUGGUGUUCCUGCCUGGGUCGCUGUCCUGCGUGCCCAGGUCAGUGAGAUCACAACCAUCUGUCUCUUUCCCUUGCACCUGAUGGCACAUUCAUCCUGAUAAAACACAGUGCAGGUGGGACCCUGCUUCUGGUAUCCUCUGAGGUCUCAGUGUGAUGCCUCCUUACAUGUUGUGCUGUUGUUAGUGACCUCCUGCAUCCUACAGGACCUGCCUGCUGGUCCCUGUGUCCUUUGCUUUGGGGACGUGGAACCCUGGCAGAAGCACUGUAGCUCUCAGAGCACUUCCCUCUGCUCCUCCAGCCCUGCGGAGCAGCACGGGCUGCCUCCAUGAUGCAGUAAGGUGCUGUGCCUGUUACUCAAGCAGACAGACCAUCAUCAAUAGCAUCCAGCCUGGAGCUGGUGGGGCAGAUGGGGCCUCUCUUACUCCCUGCUCUUCCAUUCCCUGUCUCGUGGCUGCUUGGCUUCAUCAUUCUGCAGCCACACACAUGGUGCGAUGUGGGUAUUGGCUGUAGACAACCGACCAGCCCCUCAAGACCUAGAAAACCCCUCACUGUGUUGGCAUUCCCCAGCUCUUCUUUGGAAGGGGGAAUACCAGAGCAACAUUGCUUGCUUGGGCUGACAGGGAGCCAAAGGCAAGGAAGAACCUUUGAUUCACAGUUUGGCCCCCAAAUUCAUCCCUAUUUCCACCCUAUGAGGCCCCAGGACCUGGAGCAGCGCUUGGGGGGACAGGGAGAAUGGCCAGGAAGGAGGUGGGGAGGAUCCUGACCUGCUUUGCUCUGUGUUUAUGGCUGUGUUUGUAUGGCUGGUCAUGGAGACAGGCUGCUGUCCUGGCCGUAUGAUCCCAGUUGGCCUGUAUUGAACUGGUGGCAAAGGUGUGCAGCACACGGGAGCGACACUCCUUCACGUGCAUUGAUUUCAACCCAAACUAAUAAAUGUCUGUUGGAA